UUGGAUCGAGGACGUGCAGCAACACAAGAGUGUUUGCGCACGGCUUCGACCCUAGGAUAUUCCAUAAUAUUGAUGCAAGAGCCCUACAUUGGAAACAAGAACAAUGUUUCAGUAGGCUCUCAAUUUCGAGUGAUCCAAAAAACUAGUAAAGAAAUAGCUAAACCUGUAAGAUCGGCAAUUGUCAUUUUGAAUCAGAACCUUAACUUUGUUGUUAAUCCUAAUUUAGUAAGUGAAGAUAUUGUAGGAGUAACAAUUAGAUUAGGCCAAACUAAAGUAGGAAUAAUUAGUAUAUAUUUACAUGAGAAGACAAAUAUUGAAGAAGAUGUCGCAACAAUCAAGAGGUUAAUAACAACAAUGGACGCUGAUGAAUACAUAUUAGGAGGAGACGCAAAUGCCAAUAGCAUCUGGUGGGGCUGCAAGGCAGAUGAUAGGAGAGGAACUACCAUAAUGGAGGCAUUUGCUGAAUUAAGUUUUGAGAUUCUCAAUACAGGCACCAAACCAACUUUUAGUGUAUAUAGGAGAGGAGAAGAAUGCUCUAGUAUUAUAGAUAUUACUGCAUGCUCCACUACAUUUCUUCAUAAAAUUAAAAACUGGACAGUUAAUGAACACCUUUGUACCCUUUCAAGCCACAGACCUAUUACAUUUGAAAUCCAUUUACAAAACACAAACACUAAACAAAUCAACAAAAGUACUAGAAAAUACAAUACUAUAAAGGCAGAUUGGAUUAAAUUUACUCAUGAAUUUAAAGAAGAAUUAAAUAGACGAGAUAUAAACGUGAACACAAUAAGAGAGAUCAAGUUAGUAGAAAACCUAAAUGAAAUAGUAGACAGCUAUACACACAGUAUUUUAUAUGCAUGCGAUAAAGCAAUACCACUUACAAAAACAAAACUAAUUAAAACAGCAGUUUGGUGGAACAAGGAAAUAACGGAAAUGAAAAAAGAAACGAUAAGAAGAAGAAGAAGAAUACGAAACGCCAACCCGAACAGACGGCAAUACGUCAUUGAGCAAUACCAAGAAGCCAAGGCAAAAUAUAAAAGUAUGAUUGAAGAAGCAGCAACUAACAGUUGGAAAACUCUUUGUACUAAAGAAGAGAAAGAAAACCUAUGGCAAAGGACAUACAGAAUUAUAAAAAUCUGCACAAAAAGAGAAGAAGAUAAAUUACUAAGAGACAUAGGCGGAACUAUCCUUACCGAAAGAAAAUCUGCAGAAUUACUUGCCGAAACUUUUUAUCCCAAUGACUAUUUAGAUACAGACACAAAUGAACAAGUUGAAUUAAGAAAUAGAUCUAAACAAAAAGCAAAACAAUUGGAAAAUAGCAUUAUUAACAUUAAGCAACCUUUUACAGCAUAUGAAAUUGAAAGCAUUUUUAAAAAUAUGAGCCCGAAGAAAGCUCCCGGCGAUGAUGGGUUAACGUCAGAUAUCUGCCAAACAGCUUUUGCGUCUAGCCCAGAGAUACUCAUAGCGCUUCUCAACCAGUGUCUCAAUAUUGGGUACUUCCCAGCACAAUGGAAAACUGCAACGAUUAAGGUCAUACCCAAACCUAACAAAGAAGACUAUACAUUACCUAAAUCUUACAGACCGAUAGGACUAUUACCAAUACUCGGUAAGGUACUAGAAAAAUUGUUUGUGAAUAGACUUCAAUGGCAGUUGGGAGCCGAGGGAAAAAUGAGCAGAAGACAAUAUGGCUUUACACCACAGCGAAGUACAGAAGACGCACUAUACGAUAUGCUAACAAUUAUAAAAGAAGGUAUAUCGAAAAAGCAGAUUGUGGCAUUAGUUUCCCUAGACAUCGAAGGUGCGUUUGAUAGCGCGUGGUGGCCAGCGAUAAUAAACCAAUUAUCUUACAAGGAUGUAGACGAAUCUGUAUUAAGACUUAUAACGAGCUAUUUAACAGGAAGAAAAAUAAAACUUAGAUAUGCAGGGGAAGAAGUGGUAAAACAUACAAACAAAGGAUGCAUCCAGGGAUCGACAUGUGGUCCUAUCUUAUGGAACAUAUUAUUAGAUUCACUAUUACAAGAUACCCAGAACACAAGAGCACACGUUCAGGCAUUCGCGGAUGAUAUAGUAAUAAUAGGAAUAGCAAAAACUGGCCAACAACUAGAAAGAGAUAUAAACGAGACAUUAAGUAUAAUAGCAGCAUGGGGAAAGAUACAUAAAAUGAAGUUUGCAGCGCACAAAACACAGGCUAUGAUUAUCACCAAACAAAUAAAAUAUCACCGCCCUCAGCUACUUUUGGAAGGCAUAGAGCUUAAAUAUUCAAACUACCUUAAGAUAUUAGGCCUCACAAUAGACGAAAACAUUAAUUUCAAACAGCAUUUAGAUAACAUCAGUCAAAAGGCGGUCAAUCUCUACAAAAUGAUAUCAAGAGCUGCUAGAGCACAAUGGGGGCUCAACUCUGAAAUAGUACGAACUAUAUAUUUAGCUGUAGUAGAACCUACUAUACUAUAUGCUGCAAGCUGCUGGGUAGAAUCGACCAAUAAAAACCGUGGCAACCAACGCUGCUUCCCUGUGCGAACUCCCCCGGGCAGUGACGAGCGUGUCAUCCGCAUAACACGUCAAGUCGGCGCCCGACGGGAGUUCACCUCUCAGCACCCAGUCGUAGCCGAUGUUCCACAGGAGCGGUCCCAAGACCGAUCCCUGCGGAACACCGCACGACAUGACGCGCCGACCAGCACCGUCACGUCCCCAAUAGGUAACGCAUCUCUCCUCAAGGGUAGGGUGUUGAAGGCGUUGGAGAUGUCUAAAGACACCGCCAGCACCACCCCACCCCGGGAUACUGUCUCCUCCGCCAGGGCCCUCACAACCUAA